AUGCCUUGCUGUACGCGAAGAGGAUGCGGAAAGGAUUACGACCUCAGUCAGAACAACAACUCAAGCUGCACCUACCACCCAGGUGCUCCCGUUUUCCACGAAGGUCUUAAAUCGUGGUCUUGCUGCUCAACGGCGAACAAACCCGUUCUCGACUUUAAUGAGUUCUUGAGUAUACCUGGUUGUGCGGUCGGCGCGCACUCCGAUGAAACACCAGAGAGCAUAAGUCAGACCCACAAAGCACCGACACAGGGACAGUUGACUAUGACGAAAUCAAGCCAAGGGUCGGAAGUGUACUCUACAUCGAUUACAAAAUCGGCUGCCAGACCAACGACCACCCCCGUUACUGCUACGCCGAUCGACCCACCCGUACAAGAGGAGGACGAUCUAUCGGUAUCUGUUGUCCCUGGUACAAUUUGCAAGCGCAAGGGUUGUGGUGUGAUCUUUGUGAGUGAUCAAGAACACCGUACAGGUGAUGGUGCGGGGACAGUCUGUAUAUACCAUCCAGCACCGCCCAUCUUCAGAGAAGGCAGUAAGGGUUAUCUGUGCUGCAAGCGGCGAGUCCUCGAGUUCGAGGAAUUUCUCAAGAUUGAGGGUUGUACCAAGGGACGUCAUAUUUUUGCUCCCAAGCAAGCAAGGCAGGAACUGGGUGAUCAGUUCACCGAAUGUCGCAUAGACCAUUAUCAGACACCGAAAGAGGUGCACGUAUCUGUGUUUGCGAAGCAAGCGGACAGGGACAGGAGCAGUAUUAUGAUUGUAGAGACGCAGGUCCACCUUGACUUGUUCCUCCCUGGCCAAAAGCGAUUCAAGCGGACACUCAACUUAUUUGGACCUGUUCUUCCCCAAGAAUCAUCCUACCAGUUCUAUGGUACGAAGGUGGAAGUGCUAUUAAAGAAAUCAGAUGGUCGUAGUUGGACGUUACUGGAGAAGACAACUCAAAAUAUUGGCAACAUUAGUCUCACUUUUGGUGUUGGAGGCAGGACAGGUACAAUUGGCGGGAAGCAAAUCAUCCUUGAUGAGCAGAACGCUGCGAAUCGGCGGGCAUAG